GGAUAUGGAGGAGUUCGAUGUUUAAGGGACGCUUAGCAACCGUUGCCUGGCUGCGACCAACCGUUUGGAGUCAUCACGUUUCUCCACCGUUACUCUGGGCUGCAGGCGGCGGCUUGUGGAGAGAGACCACCCAGAGGUUUGCCCUGACCAACUCCUUAUGUCUGAAGACUCCAGCAGUGAUGAAGUAUGGUGUGUAUCCACAAAAAGGCCGGUGGAUGACGCACGCCCAGAAGUGAAAUGUUGGGAAUGUGGCAAAAAAUUCAGCAAAAUCAAAAGCUUGAUGUUGCACUACAAAAGCCACAAUAUCAAAGCCACUUGCCACAUCUGCAAGGUUACUUUCAGACGCCUGACGUCCCUCUCCAUGCACCUGGAUAAUGCACACUUGCCACCCCUCUGCAAAAAGUGCAAUCAGUAUUUCAGUAACUCGUGGGAGUUGAACAAGCAUGCAGAGACACAUUGCGUUGGCUCGACAUUUCAGAAAGCGCCCUAUCUGAUUUCUGAGCCCAUAUAUCAGAGUUGGAACAGUGACGGGACUGCACAGCAAAACACAAAGACGGUGCAUCGUGACUCGGUGUCAGAGUUGAGCACUCAACAAAUAAUUGAGAUGAAGCCUGAGACUGCUGAGACAUCUGAAAACAAUGUUGAGUAUAUAUUGAUUGAGGAUGAUAAAGAUAUCGACAUGGAAAGUGAAUGUGAGAAAAUCGAUGAUUCAUCAAGCACUGAAUCUGAUGACGAGGAUAAGACGCGCUCUAAAAUUAUAGACUUGUGUUCAGAUGAUCCAGAAUCAGAUGGUGGCUCAAGUUCAUCCGAUUCUUCCAGCGACUCCUCUCAUAGUACGCACUCUAAAAACCCACCUGCUGCCCUUCCUAGUGAUAAUAGUUCAAUAUGUGCUGCGUGUGGUAGAGGGCCAUUUCGGUCAAUGAAGCUCCAUUUGCUCCACUGUAGUGGUGUAAAGGUAAAAUAUCAGUGUUCAGUGUGCAAGAAACUCUUUCUAACUGACAUGUCUCUUAAGGAGCACUACAUGCCUUUGUACUCCUGUGAAAUCUGUAGCCAAGUUUUCCCUCAUGAGAACUCGUACGGUCACCACCAGUGUCCCAAAGGAACCAAAUCACCUCUGGUCCUCUUUUGUUCAGAGUCAAUGCCGCAAGCGUGUAACAUAUGCAAAUCCUUUUUCACCUCUGAGAAGACUUUGUUGAACCACGUCACCAGAGUUCACACGUCGGUGGUCAGCACCAAAGUGUGCAUUAUUACCAAUCCAUCAGCAUUGACAGAUGCAAAGGUUUCACCAGGCGUCCUUGGCACAGCAGCCCAGUCGGCCAACAGUAAUCCAAACGGGGUCAACCAGGUCAUGAAUGGAAAGCUCCGUGUUGGCAAAAGCUAUGCGGGGUCUCUGUCCACUGUUGUGAAAUCCAGCCCUUCCCCUGUUUCGACCUCCUCCUCCCACGCAGACAGACCGUAUCCCACUUUAUGCAUGGCGUCCUCUGGUGCAGCUGUCAGAUUGGGGAAAGACAGUGCCCAAUGUCCAACGAACCAGUCUUUUAGCCGUCUGUCUUCACCUUUAUUUGUCCUUCCUGGUGCCACUGACACAACUCCAGCCACUGCAGCCUCUGACCCUGUCACCCCACCAUUGCCCACUAUUAUGGCCUUGUUCGAGAACGACAACCGGGGCACGGCUUUGAUAAAACGUAUGAAAACAGGCUGGCGUUUCAAGACCCCUCGCCCCUGCAGGCAGUGUGGUGCUAUCCUGCGGCAUCCCUCCUUCGUCAUCAGCCACCGCUACCUCCACAGAGGCCAACGCUCACACAAGUGCCAGUGCGGUCGAGCUUUUAGGCACCAGCUGCACCUGCUGCGACAUUGCGUUCAGCACGCAGAGACCGUAAGCUACAUCUGUGUCAGCUGCGGGGAGACUUUCACGGGAGCAAAACUCUUUGCUGAGCACAUAGAGGGCAAGUCCCGGAAGAAAUCCUGUUCUGGACGUACAUGGAAACGUAAAGUUAAGAGAAAGUGCAGAAUGCCCUUUACAUGUGACUGUGGACAACUUUUCUUUAGGCCUUCGGCUUACAUAUGGCACCAACUUAAAAACAGGACCAAAACUAAACAAUUGAAGAAGCCCUUGGAAUGACAAAGCAGACACCUCCCUGGUCUCUACUUGGCUUGUAGGUACUUUUCUCCUGCUAUGUGCACCACACUUUAAAACAAAGUGUUAAAUCAAGAGGGAUCUUUCAUGAUUGUCGCUACAUUAUUUUGUUUAAUUUUGAACGACAAAAUCAAAGCAAAAUCACAUUCAUAUACAUUCCUCAUUAAUGGAAUUUAAUUAAAAGCAUGUCUUGGAUGGUUGUUAACAUGUUUUCAACACGUGCAAAUGAUACAUGAUACAGAUGAAACAAUGUUUGAACAAGUUCCUUAUAAAUUCUUUUGACAACACACAAGUGUCCAAAUUAACCCACAUGGAACUUUUUCCAGUAUUGGAUUAAAUUAAAACAACCAAACUCCAGUUUAUCCUCAAGAGAAAGCGUAAAUCCAGUUUUGCCAUUUUUGUCUCACAAAGUACAUUUUUAACAGUGAGGUUUGUAUUGGAGUUUCUGAGUCCUAUUGUUUUCAGAUUUGUUUUUACUACAGCUGAUUCAAAUGUUAUGCUCCCGUGAGACAUUAUAGAGGUCUUAGUAUUCAGGUUGAAAAUAGCAUGUCUUUUUUUUUUUUUUUUUUUUUUUUUUUUUGCAGUUAUAUAAUCUCCAUGAUUUUAAUGUCAACUUUCCUCAAUAUUUUGUAUUUUUUUAAAUCAUGUCCACUAGAUGGAGCUGUUGGGUUGCUGAAAGACAACUCGCACCCAAGUUUCAAUGUUCUCAGAGCAGGUGUAAACUGUCAAUGCUAUUUCUGCAUCAGAUGAUGCAAACGUAAACAUCAUUUUAUGAGUUUUAGUUGUUAUCUAUUUUAUCCCAAGGAUUAACAGUUUGGAAUAAAGGUUUCUUCCCACAAAACUUGAAUUGAAGUUUAGUUUCUUCUCAAGUUUGAGCAUCAAAACACAUCAUUGCAUUCAUGUUUCAAUUGAUGGGUUAUAGUAAAGCAAAACAAUGAGAAAUUGUCUGAGAGUGUAUUAUAUUCAAUAAGCGUCUUUGCAAACAUUUAUCAGCUUAGUAACCAUUUAACUGUAUGCUAAUGAAAAAGAGGAUGAGCGUUUUAUUUGGAUAAAACUGAGAAGGCUAACACUGUAAAUAGCUGCAAGAAAUAUCAAAUAAAAUUAACAUAUAAGAAAAUGUAUCUUAUUCCACAGGAAUAAGGCAGUGAUGUAGUCCAUCAAUGAAACCUUACAAAUAGGGUUAGGCUUCAAGCUCUACUCUGGAGCCUUUGAGAAAUGUGGAUCACAAGGCUAUCCACAGUCCUUGGUUGAGAUUAAUUCAGUUCUUUGUACACGGUCACAAAUAUAACUGCUGGAAACACAACAGAUUUCUCAAAACGUGCUGUGUGAUUCUCACACAGGGAAUGGGAGUCAUAUUUUAUCCGUAUAAUGUUUUAGCCAAGAGUCAUUUUGCAGAGCUGGGCCAGAAGAUGAGAUCUGUAGUAGGUCUGCCAGUCCUUUGAGUGGUUCCGCAUGUUAAGAGUCGAGAGCAGCUCCGGAUCGAGACGAUUUACUGACCCACUCUCAUGGAUACUGUAGAUCAAAAAACUGAAGACAAUUAUCUGUCUCAGUAACC